AGCUUAGGCACAAUAGUAUCUUCUUGGCUAAUGUGCUAACGUUUGUUAGCAUAAAAUACAGCUUCAAAAAGCUUUUUUUUUAGUUGAUGUAGUGAAGCUACCAGUUAGCAUGAAGCUAUUAGAUAGUGGUAAAGUUCUCAAAGCUUUCAGUGUUUUAACUAGCAGUGCUCUAAUAUAGCCUAACCCCAAAUCACCAGACUCCUCUUAUCCAGAAACUGUUAUCACGUCUUUACACAUGACGAAGGCUGGGCUGGGGCUACUGAGCUCUUAAAUAUCUGGUGUUAAAGCUGCCCAGGGCUUUAUCUCUAGCGGACUUCAGACGGAGACAGAACUAAAUCGCUUUUUUUAAUCAAACAGCUUCACGGAGAAAAGAGAUGCAGUCUGUGGUGAAACAAAACUAUCAUGCAGAGACUGAAGGAGACAUCAACAAACUCAUCAAUCUGAAGCUCAAUGCUUCCUACACCUACCUUGCCUUGGGCAUGUAUUUUGACAGGGAUGAUGUUUCUUUGCCACAUUUCUCCAGCUUUUUCUUGGACCGCUCUAAGAAGGAGCAGGAACAGGCUGAGAAGCUGCUGGAAUAUCAGAACAGGAGAGGAGGCCGUGUUUUGCUUCAGAAUAUUGCUAAACCAAGUAGAGAGGACUGGAAAGGUGGUCUGGAUGCAAUGACUUUUUCCCUGGAAUACCAGAAGUCCUUGAACACAUGCAUCCUUGAUGUGCACCGCAGAGCUGACAACCACAAGGACCCACAUCUGUGCGACUUCCUUGAGGGAGACUUUCUUGUCGACAGCCACGACACCAUCAAGAAGCUGGGCGACUACAUCGGCAGUCUGUCCCGCCUUUCCGAGUCUGGAACAAAUGCGUCCAUGGGAGAUUACCUGUUUGACAGACACACUCUGUAAACCCUCAGAGAUGCAGAGCAAAUGGAUGACUUUGUGUUUAAGUUUUUUUAUACAAAUUUGCAGUUUAACCCAAAACUCCAUUUUUAUAUGCAAAGGCGAACUAUAAAAUACCUCAAAAUUUUGUAUUUUAAAAAGUAACUUGGAGCAAUGUUCUCAUUAAGAUUUCCUAAGCUGUUACAGUGCAAUGAAAUACUUUUUUGCAAACUGUGUAUCAUGCCAUUGCAUUCCAGUGUCAUAAAUUUCCGUUAAGAGAAUUACCUGAAAAGUUUGGAAAUAAAUCUUUUUAAAGCCA